AUGCAUCCCAGAGAUAUCAAGCCUGACAACUUGCUGCUAGAUAGAAAUGGUCACAUGAAAUUAUCAGAUUUUGGAUUAUGUAAACCGCUAGACUGCAGUAAUCUUCAAGAAAAGGACUUCUCUGUCGGAAUUAACAGAAGCGGAGCCCUCCAAAGUGAUGGCCGUCCAGUGGCUCCUAAACGAACACAACAGGAACAACUGCAGCAUUGGCAGAAAAAUCGACGAAUGCUUGCCUAUUCUACAGUUGGAACACCUGAUUAUAUUGCUCCAGAAGUUCUGCUGAAGAAAGGAUAUGGUGUGGAAUGUGAUUGGUGGUCUCUAGGAGCAAUAAUGUACGAAAUGCUUGUGGGGUACCCACCCUUUUAUUCAGAUGAACCAAUGUUGACAUGUAGAAAGAUAGUAAAUUGGAGAACUAAUUUGAAAUUUCCAGAAGAAGCUAAACUUUCAGCCGAGGCAAAGGAUCUUAUUUGUAGACUCCUAUGUAAUGUGGAGCAGAGGCUUGGAACCAAAGGAGCCGAUGAAAUAAAGGCCCAUCCAUGGUUCAAAGGUAUCGAAUGGGACAAACUGUACAAAAUGAAAGCUGCUUUCAUACCUGAGGUCAAUGAUGAAUUAGACACACAAAACUUUGAGAAGUUUGAAGAGGUAGACAAGCAAACUGUACCAUCCUCAAAGGCAGGGCCCUGGAGAAAGAUGCUGCCAUCUAAAGAUGUUAACUUUGUUGGUUACACAUACAAGAAUUUUGAAAUCGUGAAUGAUCAUGAAAUACCAGGAAUUGCUGAAUUGAAGAAGAAAAGCACAAAACCUAAAAGACCAUCUAUUAAGGCCCUAUUUGAUGAUGAGUCUGCUAUGGCUGCCAAUCAACCUAUCAGAGGGAGCUUCUUAAACCUCUUACCUCCACAAAUGGAAGUUCCUGAAAAAAGUGAAUCACAAUGA